AUGACUGCUACGGUCAAGUACUCGAGAUGGACACUCCCACCGACAACCGGCCAUCAAGCUCUGGCGCUGGACCGCGAAGCUACGCUGGGCUCAGUGGGGGACGAUGAGGUGGUUGUGGAGUUGCACGCUGCUUCGUUGAAUUAUCGCGAGCUGGUUGUCGCAAAGGGCGCAGCUCCAGGGGAUGUCAAGGCAAACGUCGUUCCUGGCUCAGACGGUGCGGGCAUAGUCAAGGAAGUGGGAAAGAAUGUGCAAGAGUUCAAAGCUGGAGACCGAGUGGCCACACACCUCACGCCCACGAUACCUAAUGAUCAAUUCCCAACACUCAUCGACAUCGGCGCCGGUCUGGGACAAUCAAUCGAUGGAACCCUCCAAGAAGUCGGCAUCUUCCCCCAAUCCGCCCUCGUCCACGCUCCCAAAGAUCUCAGCUUCGACCGCGCCGCCACACUCACCUGCAGCGGCCUCACGGCCUGGAACGCUCUGUUCGGGUUGAAAGGCAACGAAGUCAAGGCAGGUGACUGGGUCCUCGUGCAAGGCACUGGAGGCGUCAGCAUCGCCGCAUUACAGUUCGCUUCUGCCAUUGGCGCAAAUGUCGUAGCAACGACAUCGACCGACGAGAAAGCAAAACGAUUGGAAAGUCUGGGAGCGAAGCAUGUGAUCAACUACCGCGACACGCCGAAAUGGAGUGCAGAGGCUCGCAAACUCACACCUUUGAAUCGGGGGUUCGAUCUCAUCGUCGACGUUGGAGGGGACAGUACACUCAACGAGUCGCUCGCAGCUGUUCGGGCCAAUGGUGUUGUAGCCGCGACGGGAAUCCUGGGUAGUGAUUCGCAACCUGUGCCGAUGCUGAAGACGAUCUGGUAUGUGUGUACGGUGCGAGGGAUCGUCCUUGGGACGAGGGAUCAGUUCAAGAAGAUGGUCAAAUUCGUGGAGGAGAAGAAUCUUCAGCCAGUGGUGGAUGAUGUGGUCUUUACUCUGGAGCAGACGAAGGAUGCGUACGAGAGAUUAGCGGCGCAGAAGCAUUUCUCGAAGGUGAUCAUUAAGAUUCGAUAG